AGGGGCGGUGCGGGGCUGUCAUGGCCGCUGUGCUGCUGCUGAGAGCGGGGUCCGGGCUGUUGAGGGACAGCCGGGGCUGGGGCAGGCUCAGGGCAGCGGGGCCGCCACGGGCAUCACAGUGCUUGAUCAGAAGAACAUUUUUUGGAUAUCCCCUAACUAAAGCAGGUUCUGGUCUGUUUCAAAAGACUAAAGAUGUUUGUUCGAGGUUCUGCAGAUUGCGAAAUUCUGCAGCAGCUGCURACACAUCUGGAGAGGACACCUUGCUGAAAUGGGGCCUUCUCCUGGUCCCUGUGACCACAUUYGCUCUUGGCACAUGGCAGGUUCAGCGGCGCAAGUGGAAAUUAGAAUUGAUUGAACAACUGGCCUCAAGAAUCACAGCAGAGCCCAUCCCUCUGACAUUAGACCCCAUGGAACUGAAGGGGCUGGAGUACAGACCUGUGAAGGUCAGAGGAUAUUUUGACCACUCUAGGGAGCUCUACAUCCUUCCCCGCUCCCUGGUGGACCCCGUGCGGGAGGCCCGGGAAGCCGGGAGGAUCACAUCCCACCCGGAUAAUGGAGCCAAUGUUGUCACCCCCUUCUACUGCACAGAGCUCGGGGUCACGAUUUUGGUCAACCGAGGAUUUGUGCCCAAGAACAGAUUAAAACCAGAGACUAGGCUGAAUGGACAGAUUGAAGAUGAAAUUGAUCUCACAGGGGUGGUGAGGUUAACAGAAACAAGAAGACCCUUUGUGCCUGAAAAUAACAUUGAACAAAACCGCUGGCACUACCGGGACCUUGAGGCCAUGGCCAGGGUGACCGGUGCUGAGCCCAUCUUCAUCGAUGCAGAUUACAGAAGCACAGUCCCAGGGGGGCCCAUCGGGGGCCAGACCAGGGUGACCCUGCGGAAUGAGCACAUGCAGUACAUCAUCACCUGGUAUGGCUUGUGUGCUGCAACUUCCUUYUUAUGGUACAAGAAAUUUAUACAGAAGGCACCUCUGUGAGGCRAAGGAGUAACCUCUGUACUACAGUCAAGAGCAGACUUGUAUGGAUGACAGGAGCCUGRUCAGUCCUAAAUAACUGAAGCACUUGGAAUUUGAGAGCAGGUUCAGCAAACGUGCAGUGAUCAAGCUGCAGACUUCAAGCAAGGCCUGCAGACGGAGCUCCCAUCAGUGUGACUUGGCUGCAACUUGGGCACACUGAACUUCAGCAGCAAUCACAGACACAUUUCUCUAUUGUGGUUGGUUGUAAGCUACGACAUUUUAACUUUUCCACUGUUGUAUUUUCCAAAAGGCAAAUCUAGAGGAUUUUAUGAACUAGUUUCUCUGCACUGAGUAGUUGUUCCUGAAGUCAGGAAUGGCUGACAGCAGUUGCAGCAGAAUAAUAAAGGCCUAUGGCUAUUYGCCUUGUGA